AUGACGUGCACUGCUCAAUUCGCAGAUAUUUUCGUCAGUCCAGUUGGAAACUGUACAUUACAGGCCAAUGAGGAAAAAACAUGUGAGACGUGUGUACGCAAAGGUCAUGACUGCUUUUGGUGUGGCGGAAAUGUUAAUAGAUGCAUGAACUACGAGUGGUACUUCCCACAAUGCCCUUUAGACGAUGUCCGACAUAAGAAUUGCUGGGUCAAUCUCUCUGCUGUUGUCAUCGUUGUUACAAUUUUGGGUGGAAUCAUAUUGGUGAUUCUGUUGGCCUGCCUAUGUUACUGUUGUUGCCGUUGUAAGCAAUAUAGAAGAGAGCAAGCCAAAAAAAAGGGUGAAAAAUGGCAACAGAGAUAUAAUCAGUCUAUGAGAGAAUUAGAAUCAAGACAAUCAGAACGAUCGGAAAAGAGGAACAAGGAGUUGGAAGCUUUCAGACUCAAAUAUGGUAUUAAACCCCCCGACUACGAAACAGCAACGAAGAAAUGA